GGUGUUCUGGAGGCUGAGCUGCGUGGUCACAAGGGGAGUUACAAAACCGGAAUGUUUUGAGGAGCCCGGGGAAGGCAGGGUGGGAGCAGCGCCCACAGUGAGACGGAGCUUGCAGGACCCCCGUGAUCCCUCUGCCCUCCUUCUGCAGGGGUGGGGACAUGACCGGGGACAUGCGGGCCCUGCUGUGCCUCUGGCUGGUGGCCCAGGUGGCCCAGGUGGCCCUGUCCUCCCGGGUCCGCACCCGCCGGGAGCUGGGGCCCGGUUUGUACGAGCACGGAGUUUACGACGCCGGGGGCUCCUACUGCCAGCGGGGGGAUGUCUGCUGCCACGGCCGCGACGACGGCUGCACCGUGCCCUACCACGACACCCUCUGCUACUGCGACCUCUUCUGCAACCGCACCGUCUCUGACUGCUGCCCCGACUUCUGGGAAUACUGCCUGGGCAUCCCGGCCCCCUUCCCCAAAGCCCCAGGCUGUGCCCGUGCCGGACACAAUUAUCCCACCGGAGCCACGUACCGGGAGAACUGCAACCUGUGCACCUGUGGCCCCGGCGGGCAGUGGCAGUGCGAGGACCACGCCUGCCUGAUGGAUGGGGAGCUGAUCGAUGCCGUCAACAGAGGCAACUACGGCUGGAGAGCCGCCAACUACAGCCAGUUCUGGGGGAUGACCCUGGAGGACGGGAUCCGGCACCGCCUGGGCACCUUCCGUCCCUCUCCCACCGUCAUGAACAUGAACGAGAUGCAUAUGAACAUGGACUCCAACGAGGUGCUGCCGCGUCACUUCGAUGCCGCCACCAAAUGGCCCGGGAUGAUCCACGAGCCCCUGGACCAGGGAAACUGCGCCGGCUCCUGGGCCUUCUCCACGGCUGCCGUCGCCUCGGACCGCAUUUCCAUCCACUCCAUGGGACACAUGACCCCCGCCCUGUCCCCGCAAAACCUCCUCUCCUGUGACACCCGCAACCAGCGGGGCUGCAGCGGGGGGCGCCUGGAUGGAGCCUGGUGGUACCUGCGCAGGAGAGGGUCAGUGGGGAUGGGCUGGGAUGGGAUGGGGUGGGAGACCACAGAGCAGCUGGAGCACAACGCCUUUUAUUCCAAAGCUGGAAGAACUGAGCUCUAA